CUUGAACACCUCCAGGGAUGGGGCAUCUAUGGCUUUUCUGGGUCAGUCACAAGCGGUGUCCCCAGGGCUCAGUCUUGGGGCCAGUCCUGUGGAGUAUCUUUAUGAAUUUUAAAUAUCUUUAUGAUUGAGAGAAGGACUUGGUGAUGCUGGUUGAUGAGAAGCUCGACAUGAGCCAGCAAUGUGCACUCGCAGCCCAGAAGGCCAACCAUAUCCUGGGCUGCAUCAAAAGAAACAUGGCCAGCAGGGCAAGGAAGGUGAUUCUGCCCCUCUACUCCUCUCUUGUGAGACCCCAUCUGGAGUAUUGUGUCUAGUUCUGGAAUCCUCAGCAUAAGAAGGAUAUGGAACUGUUGUAUCAGGUCCAGAGGAGGGCUACCUGAUCAGAGGGCUGGAGCACCUCCCAUAGGAGAACAGGCUGAGAGAGUUGGGCUUGUUCAGCCUGGACGAGAGAAGGCUCAAAGGAGAUCUUAUAGUGACGUUUCAGUACCUGAAGGGGCUAUGAGAAAGCUGGGGAGGGACUGUUUACAAAGGCUUGUAGUGAUAGGACGAGGGGCAAUGGGCAUGAACUGGAGAGGGGCAGAUUUAGAUUAGACAUGAGGAAGAAUUUCUUCAUGUUGAGGGUGGUGAGGCACUGGCACAGGUUGCCCAGGGAAGAUGUGGCUGCCUUAUCCCUGGAGGUGUUCGAGGCCAGGUUGGAUGGGCCUUAGGCAGUCUGGUCUGGUGGGAGGUGUCCCUGCCCAUAGCAGGGAUGUUAGAACUGGAUGAUCUUUAAGGUCCAUUCCAAUGCAAACCAUUCUAUGGUUUUAUGAUUCUAUGAAUGGUCUGGAUGAGGGGAUCGAGUGUUCCCUCAGUAAGUUUGCAGGUGACAACAAACUGGGAUGUUGAUCUGCUUCAGGGCAAGAAGGCUCUGCAGAGGGACCUGGACAAGCCUGAGUGAUGGAAGAAGGCCAGUUGCAAAAGUUUCAAUAAGGGCAAAUGGUGGAUUUAGCAAUUCAGUCAGAACAACCCCAUGCAGCGCUGCAAGGUUGGGGAAGAGUGCCUGGAAAACUGCCCGGCAAAAAAAAGACCUGGAGGUGCUGGUUGAUAGUGGCUGAACGUGAGCCAGCAGUGUGCCCAGGUGGCCAAGAAGGCCAACAGCAUCCUGGCUUGGAUCAGUCAUGGUGUGGCCAGCAGGAGCAGGGAAGAGAUGGUGUCUCUGUACUCAGUGCUGGUGAGGCUGCACCUCGGAUCACAGGUUUAGUUUUAGGCCCCUCAGUACAGGAAAGACAUUGACCUGCUGGAGCAUGUCCAGAGGAGGGCGAGACUGGUGAAGGGGCUGGAGAACAAGUCUUAUGAGGAUCUGCUGAGGAACUUGGACUGUUUAGCAAGGAGGAGGCUGAGGAGAGACUUUAUCACUCUCUACUCGACUGAAAGGAGGUUGUAGCGAGGCGAGUGCUGGUCUCUUCUCCCAAGUGACAAGUGACAGGAUGAGACGAAAUGGCCUCAGGCUGUGCCAGGGCAGGUUUAGGUUGGAUAUUAGGAAAAAUUUCUUUACUGACAGGGUGGUGAAGCACUGGCACAGGCUGCCCAGGGAAGCGGUAGAGGCUCCAUCCCUGGAGGUGUUCAAAAAACAUGUAGACGUGGCACUUGGGGACAUGGGUUAGUAGGCACAGUAGUGUUGGGCUGGCGGUUGGAUUGGAUUGUCUUAGAGGUCUUUUCCAACCAUAAUGAUUCCAUGAUUCUAUGUCUUUAAUCUCCAGCUUGGCACAAAGCGCAGCUGGGGAGGGUUCAUGUUUAUUCACCAGGUGGUAAACCACUUCAGUUGUCCUGGGUUUUUUAUCAUAGCGUGAAAAUCGACGCUCUCAUUAAUUAAGCAGGGUGGCUUGUGAGGAAUUGCCUUCCCCGGAGCCCAGACCUGGUGUUUUUUUGUGGCCUACGAAGAAAUGGUUUACGGUUUCCUUUCCUGAGCUGCUGUUGGCAUCAUCUUCUUCCCUGGAUUUGGGCAUUCCCAAAGGAAUGGAGGAUUGCAGCUGUUGAGCCCUUAACCACCCUGUGCUCCCAUAAGGCAGCACCAGAAGCUGGCAUCAUCUUCUGCGCUUUGGCACUUUGGGGGUGGACCUCUCCCUGUUACCUGCUCUGGGUACCUUUCUAGUGGCACUGUAGACCAAAGGAGAUGGAAGAAAAGGAGCGAUGUGUUAAAUUCCAGCUAGUAUCUUGAGACUAAGAGGAUUCAUAUCUUUUGACUUCUUUUUUUAUAUUCUUUUUCUGUGGGGGAAGGGAAGUACAACAUUUUAUGGGGUAUGGGAGGAGGGAGGAAAAAUACGUUGCAGAUCUUUAUGUGGUUUUUAAAACCAGCCAUCAGAGGCAAUUACUGAAUAAACUGAAGUACGAGGGGAGGGUUUGUGAGCUGGAAGCAGUGCUAGUGUACAAAAGAAAGGGACUCUGGGCUGCUCUUGUGACUGUGGAGGAAGAAACUUCAGCCUCCCUCGUUUCUCACCACCUACUCUCCACCCACCCUGUGAGAAAAUGAGUUGCGUGCCAUGGAAAGGUGACAAGACCAAAUCGGAAUCAGCAGAGCCACCCCAGCAACCACCACUGCAUAUUUACCAUGAGAAGCAGCGCAGGGAGCUGUGUGCCCUGCAUGCCCUCAACAAUGUCUUCCAGGACAGCAACGCCUUCACUAGGGAAACCCUGCAGGAGAUAUUUCAGAGGUUGUCUCCCAAUACCAUGGUGACGCCCCACAAGAAAAGCAUGUUGGGAAAUGGAAACUAUGAUGUGAACGUGAUCAUGGCAGCACUUCAGACCAAAGGCUACGAGGCAGUUUGGUGGGACAAGCGCAGGGAUGUUAACGUCAUUGCCCUGUCUAACGUGAUGGGCUUCAUCAUGAACCUGCCCUCCAGCCUUUGCUGGGGCCCCUUGAAGCUCCCCCUCAAGCGUCAGCACUGGAUCUGCGUCCGGGAGGUGGGAGGCACCUACUACAACCUCGAUUCCAAACUCAAGGUGCCUGAGUGGAUUGGAGGUGAAAGUGAGCUCAGGAAAUUUUUGAAACACCAGCUGAGAGGAAAGAACUGUGAACUCCUGCUGGUGGUGCCAGAGGAGGUGGAAGCACAUCAGAGCUGGAGAGCUGACGUGUGAUCUGACCAACUCUGUCCUCCCACUACAGCUCUUCCCCUUCACUGAACUCCCAACAACAUGAAACCUGGAUAACGGGUGCCCCAACUCUUCUCUUCUGGAACUUCCUUUGUUAGGCUCUUCUCUUCCUUUCUUGGUGCAACAGGGCAACGGCGUAGGAUGUUACAGGGGGGUGGGGGGAAGAAUUGAGGGCACGGUGUAGGAAAGUGGAAGCCAAUCACUUUAACUGCGAGGGCGAAUGAGCUGCAUGCCCUUUCCCUGCCUAGAAGGCAUUAAAACCAGGCUCUGGGGCUGGAGUGCUGGCAAGCCUCUGGCCUCCCUUUCCCCACAUAGGUCAAGGCUGCGUGUUGUGGGACACUGCUCCCUGUAGGGCCUGAUGAGGAGGAGCAGGGGCCGAGCACACUGCUGCCUCUUUGCGAGGCUCUCCCUCCAAAACAAGUUGUUGUGAAGACGUUUGCAGUUCCUAAGGGUCUUCUCUCGGGACACUCUCAAACAGUAGGAAUGGUACAGUGCUCGGCACAGCCCUCUGCUGCUUAGGGAUGGCUUGUGCCAAGAAUUAGAGAACAGUAAUAAAACCAGCGUCAUCUUUCAAGAGAUUCCUUGGGUAGCUAGAGGAUUCUUCCCCAGUGUCCCCAGGGAUCUGUGUGCGGCGAGCGGUUGUUUGGCAGCACGUGGCUCUCUGAGGCCUGUGGAAACAGCAAGCACAGGCAAGUGAGGAGUAUCAAGUUUCUGUAUCGGAGAAAGGCCGUGGUCUGCUUGGGUUUCUUUGUGCUAUGUUGGGUUUUCGUUUUUUAAUCUCUUGGUUUUCUGCAUGGUUACCCGGUAGUUUAGGGACUGCUUGGUGAGAGGAAUAAAAGUGAGGGGGUUUUGAGAGGAAUUUAUUCCCUUUUUUUUCCCUCUUUCCAGAAGUCUGUCCCACAGUGGCGGAUGUCAUGUGAAAUGCUACAGAAAGAGGGACAAAGAAAAAGUGGGGGAAGCCUUUAUAAUAAUCAGGUUUUCCCCUUUUCAUAGCCACAAGCUGAUGAUGUGGGAGAUGCAGAGUCUAUCAGAACCUUUGGGUGUUAGAGAGAUCCUGGCCUGCUAGUUGAACCAACCUCUCUUAGUGCUGGCCGACAAACAUUCCUUUAAUGGAUGAAUCACUUUUUCCUCCCUUCCCUUCCAUAGGGAAGAGUGACUAGACAUGGACACACUAAGAGGGAUCUGUACCAGCUGUUUCCCAGUCACCUGAGUGAGCUGUAGGUCAGCACGCCUUCCACAGCAGGAGGAGCAAGCACAGGAUUUGGAAGGGGCUUCAUUGCAUUUAGUACUUCCUGGCUGAGCGACUGUGUGCUUCCCUCCGGUAUGCAUGGGAUGUCCUGGUUAAACAGCAAUCUCUGGGAUGUGAUGCAGCCCGUAGGAUCCCUGUCCAUCAUGCAGGAAGUGUCAUUAUUAGUGUUUGAGCUUGUGAAGGGAGGGUCUGUAACUACCUUUUCUCAGUUAUUUUACUCUCAAGAGCUCUGCAAAUGCAUGUGCAGGUGCUGGAAGCUGAGAGACCACCAAAAUCGCACCUUCCCAACAGAGGACAGAGGCCCACCAGAUGAUGGGACAAUGCAGUUUGCUGAGCCCUGGACAUCUGGCAGGCACCACUUUGCAGCCUUUUGAGCACAGCAUCCUGCCAUGAAGGGCAUAUGGCUCCUAUGUUUUAAAGACCCAACGUUUCUAUAAAAAGUCCAAUUUCAUAACACAUUCCAAAUGACCGAUACCAGCCUGCAGUUUUUAAACACUUUACCGGCAGGAUGCGCAGCCUGCAGGCAUUCUGCUUGUGACUUGAAGCCAUUUCAAGGGGUGGGGGAAAUAAAUAUCAACAGCAGCAUUUUCUAUGCUGAUUAAAGAUGCACUUUGGAGAAACCCUGUCUGCAUGGGAACCGCAAGCCAACAGAUCAGUGCACAAUAUGCAAAGAUGUUUCAAAAUAUUUGGGGGGCUACUUUCCUUGCGUGUCAGCCCCUUUCCUGUGGGGCGCAAGGGGAAACUGAUCCAGCUGCUCAGGUAAUGGGAAAGCAAAGGAUCAAAGCCCCACGAGAGGGUGGGUGAGCUGGUCCAGUCCCACUGCUUGGGAAGGGGGAAGCCCCUCUUUGUUUUCUUGCUUGUUUGGUUUUGUUGGAGCCUGGUCUUUGGGUUUGUUUACAGAGAUGUAUUUUGUUUAACCAAAUACUAAAAAUGGAAAAAAAAAAAAAAAAGCUGUUUCCAUGUAAACGUCCUUUCACUUCUGUACAUUCAGCGGGAUUUGUUCUGUAAUGAAGUAUGUAAAGGAAAAAUAAAUCUUUUGGUUAUAAAAGUG